AUUCAGCAUCUGUGGGAGAUCCUCGGCAGCCACCACGGACACCGGAGCGGGGGGCGGGGUGUGGAGAGGCGAAGGCAACCAGCAGCUGCAGAAGACAAAUCAAAGCCGUUGCAGCUGGAAAUUAAAAGCUACCCCCUUCUUUAUUCAUUGAUUACACAUCCCUAUUCCCACUUCUUGUCCUAAAAAGCAAAGGAAAGAGAGAGAGAGAUGCAUGCAUGCGGCGGGCUUUGCAGGGGAGUUGAUAUAACUCUGGGUAGCGGCCAAAGCAUCUGAGCAGCAUCUCCUCGCUCGUUUGGAUGCUGCUUCGGUUUGUUGGCUUUGGACGCGAGCCGUUCGUGUAUCGAUCGAACAAUACAGGAGCCUUCGCUCUCUUUUCCGCCUGCGACCCCCCGCCCCCGCCGCCGCGGGUCCUCUUCUGGAUGCGAGACUGGAGGGAGGGAGGUCUCACAGCGGGGUGUUGCGGGGAAAGUUGCGACUCGCUUGCGGGGAGGGCGGGGGCGAUGCCUUCUGAGCCAGAGCUGCAGCAGGGGAGAGAAGUCUUUUCUGUGGCCAGGAGGGGCAGAGCCCCGUGGGCAGCGGCAGCAUCAGCAGCUGCACAAACCAGGUCUGCCUAAAGAAAGAAAGAAGGGAAGUGCAGGAGGAGGAGGAGGAGUGCAAGCAUCAUGCAGCCCUUGCCGCGGUGGGGACUGAGGCUGUUUCUGGCCUGGGGUUCUUUGUGUAUCUGCUGUGCUCUUUCAGAAGACCCUGGCACUGAAGGUCUGACUUCAACCUCCUUGGGGGACUUCACAGCAAUGUCCAGCUUAGAAUCUCUGGAUACCAGUGAACAGCCAAACUUGGAGAUGUCCGAGCCUAACCUCGUCCCCAAUGCCCUGCUAGCUUCACCUGGUUCAGGCUUUUCCAGUGAGGAGAAUGAAGAUUCUAAGGUCCUUCCAUCCCAGUAUUUUUGGGACGAUGGUGGAGACAUGGUGGAUUCCAGCUUGUAUGUGGGACAAGCAUCAGAUUACAGCUUUCCUCUUGCCUCCCAGAAGGCCCUGCCGAAACAAAAGGGGACACAAGCUCAAAAUCCUUGGGAAACACCCACUCUCCAUCAGCCAUUUGAUUCUCUUGAACCUGACUCUAAAGCACCUUCCACCAAUGUUCUUGAGGAAGAGGAAGGAUUACUUCCUAUAAACCAGUCAAAGGGAGCUCCUCAAAGCAGCCGAACACUGGAUGCUUUUCCAGAAGCACCCAGCCAGGACUCAUUGUAUUCCAUCCUUUUCUCCACAACAACCAGCAGAAUGGGUCAAGUGACAGAGAUGGCUGCAGACAGGCAAGAGGAAGAAUCUGUUCCUGAGCAUGUUUCCUCAGGCUUUGAUCUAGGGAGCAGCAUGGGACCCAGCCUCUUGCCUUUGUUCUCCAUUUUGUCAGCCACUACUAAAGGACCCCAGCUUGUCUCGGAGGUCCCUGCCAAGAUUACUUCAGAAAGUACAGUUAGAGCAGGGCGGGAACUAGAAGAAUCUAUAGCAACAAAAGCUACAGUGGGAACUAAUGUAAGAGAAAUGGAAACUACAACAACAGGAGAGAGGCAAAAGCCCUCAGCAGGAGCUGAAACAAGACAAAGAGAUUCCAUAGAAGGGACAGUGGUCAUGGUGGUCACAGAAAUGGCUACAAUGGAGCAGGCAGGGGAAGAUCUUCUAAUAACAGGAUCUCAUGGGGAUGGCACUCUUGUUACUGAGACUUUUCCCAGGACUUCUCGCAGACCACCAAACCCCAGCUCUUCAAUGGGUUUCUGGGACUGGACUGAUAACCCAGCUCCUACCCAUACUCCCAUUCACAAUAGCACAAAGCUGCCAAUCGCAGCAACUACUACUAUGGAACAGAGCUUUGUACCACACACCGGAGAUAUCCGCACAGCUGUGCUGUCCACAGGAGUGCCCUGGAGUUUGACACAGGUGACCUGUAAGGACUGGAGCAACCUAGCAGGCAAAAACUACAUAAUCUUGAACAUGUCUGACAACAUUGACUGUGAGGACUUCCGAGUGGAAAGAGGCCUCCAAUUGCUAGCAUUGAUGGAUGAUGCUUUCUCCAGGUAUGAGAAUGGAUUACAGGGCCAGUGGUUGAUCUCCCUAAGCAAACCCAAUGAGAACGACAAACAUCUGCUAAUGACCUUGGCUGGAGAACAUGGCGUUGUUCCAACGAAUGAUGUUCUCCUGGCACUAGGCGACAUGCGGAGGAGCUUAGCUGAGAUUGGAAUCCAGAACUAUACAACUACAUCAAGUUGCCAGUCACGUCCCAGCCAAACCCACAGUGACUACGGGAAGCUCUUUGUGGUGCUGGUCAUUAUUGGCUCAAUUUGUGUCAUCAUCAUUAUAACAGGACUGAUUUAUAACUGCUGGCAGAGGCGCCUUCCCAAGAUGAAGAACACGUCACAUGGUGAGGAGCUACAUUUUGUUGAGAAUGGCUGUCAUGACAAUCCCACCCUGGAUGUAGCCAGCGAUAGUCAAUCAGAAAUGCAAGAAAAGAAGCCAAGUGUGAAUGGCAGGGGAGCUGUUAAUGGACCUGAGAGCUGGGACGUCCUCAUUAACAAACGGGCAGGCGAAGAGGGAGAUGUGUUUGAGGAAGAUACACACCUUUAAAUGUGGAGGCCAUGUAUCUGACUAUACUCUUGCUUGACUUAAGGGCCAUUUGGUGAGGGUGGUUCCUCAGGAACGUCUUUUUCAGGUUUGGAAUGGAUCUGCUCAUCAUGGUCCUGAGGCACCAUCACAGUCCUGAAGCCACCCUGAACAAAGUGGUUGGGGGGGUGGGGGUGUUUGUGUGUUGCUGUCAGUAGCGCCAAUGCUUUAAUCACUUUUAAAUGCACUUGUUCUAGUUCUUUGGUAGAAGAUGGUCAGGUUUGGAAAAUGAAUUGUAUCAAGGCUUACCAUUGCCCUAAAGUGGUGUUUGUUGAAAGAUUCAUCACAGAGUUUCGCAGAGGAAGAUGCGGGUUCACAAUCUAUCUCAAAAGGUGCAGUAGCAAUGAGCAGUGCGGAAACACUGCAUAUUUUUUGGUUUGGGAUAAGGUAUAUUAAGACAGUCUUGCAAUUCUACACUCACUGUGUUGCCCAGCAUGAGAAAUUUUCCUUCUAGUGAAUGGCUAGAAGGAUUUUCUGCUCAAGUUGCCCUGUGGUAACAUUAAUAUAACUGGGGACUGAUGCAUCUUUUUAAAACUUCUCUGUAAGGUUAUGUUUAGGUGGAACAAAUGUAUUCUGAACACGUACCAUAUGUUCUAGUGCCCUAACUCUAUGUUCUAGCUAGAUAUUGCAUUACCCCUUACCUUACUGUGUGAACUUUUGCAGUAACGGCUCCUUUUGUGGAUCCAGAAGUCUUAGUGGCAACUGCAGAAUUUGACUUGUCUUGAACUGAUCUAGCCUGGUUGAUCUAAAUUGAUCUGAAUUCAGAAAACAAUUUUUCAAAUACAGAACUAAUUCCUACUAUCACUUCCCCAUGAUUCAUGGAAUGGCAA